CAUAUCGUUAAUUGUUCUAGAAGCUACGACAUGAGGAGUCCAUACAUCCUGAGAGUUAUUUAUUUUGCUUAUUUGGCAACUGCGAAAGCGACGUCUAACACGGCUGAUUCUGUGCCGGGAGAUACUGGUCCUGCGCUUAGCAUUAAGCAGUUUGUAAACACAACCGAUCCAAUAUGGACAUAUAAUUCAACAGAGAAUACAACAAUACUGUGCAAGGUAGACCAGAAGCAGGAGCUAACGGAGGAAAAUUAUUCAUUCAAUCGGUCGUACUACGUCGGUUAUCACAAUUGGACAACCUUAAACGGCAAAGGAACGUUUGAUUUAGGAAACACCACGAUAUUGAAUGUUCAGCUUCAAGAAUACAACUACACUGAGACAUUGUUAUACAGUGAUAAUUACAACACCUGUGCUAUCGUUCAUGUCACGCCAAUGAACAAUGGUGGGAAUUCGUGGUACGAACAUUUGGUGAAGAAUUCCUCAAUAACGAGGAGAAAGAACAAGAAUUGUACAAACUUCUUCAAGAACUUGACAAGGCAUGGGCGAAAAGUAUUUAGGCCACAGUGUCUGCAUAUGUUAAGGAUUGGUAACGCAACGUACAGCCGAUGGGAGCUUCACUAGACAAAAAUGACCAGCCUGGAUUCAUUGUAAAAACAAUAUGAAUAAAAUUUAGAUGAA